AUGGACAUGAUGAUCAUAGUAUAUAAGGACUACUUGGAUAAAUUUUUAGUAGUUUUUAUAGACGACAUCCUUAUCUACUCAAAGACCAAGGGAGAGCAUCAGGAGCACCUGAGGUUGACGGUAAACAGACUAUUAGAGCAUCAACUAUAUGCUAAUUUUUCUAAUUGUGAGUUUUGGUUGGAACAAGUGACUUUCUUAAGGCAUAUAGUGUCAUGGAAUGGAGUAGAAGUGGAUCUGGAAAAGAUUGAGGCCAUUAGAGACUGGCCCCAACCAAAGAAUGCCUUAGAGGUUCGAAGCUUCUUGGGGUUUGCGGGUUACUAUCAGAAGUUUGUUGAGGGUUUUUCAAAGAUUGCCACACCCUUGACCAACUUGACCCGCAAACACCAAAAGUUUACAUGGACUAAGAAAUGUUAA